UGCAGAUAAUGAAAACGAUGAAGACUAUCUAGUGAAAGCUAUUGGUGCUUUUGGCGCAUGGCAAGCCAAAGUCUGCAUCCUCGUCACAUUGACAAGAUUUCUGGCUAUGUGGAACAUGUUGAACAUAAUGUUCCUGACCUAUGACAACAAGUUCAUUUGUGUGCAAUUUAACGGGACGCGUCUUAACGUAUCAACAUCAAUAUGUUACGAUAACUGUGUUGAGUACGAAUUUCAAGAAGGCAUUUUCGUCAAAAGUUUUGUGUCGGAGUUUGAGCUGAUUUGAGAAAAGGCCUGGAUGGCUAGUUUUACGCAAACGAUAUUGAUGUUCGGUUUGCUGUUCGGGGUUUAUUUGUUUGGAUGGCUCUCUGACAGAUUUGGACGUCGCAAAGCGAUUUUUUCCUCCGCGUUUCUCGUGGUGGUUCUGAUGGUGGUUUCCAGCUUCGCCCCCGAUUACUGGACUUUCUGUACCCUUCGCUUCUUUACCGGUGUUGCUACGGGCGGAGUGCUUAUCGUGAGCAUUGUCAUGGUACUUGAGGUGGUGGGCCCACAACAUAGGGAAGCCGCAGGUUGCGGAAUCAACUUGCCUGACGGUCUCGCCGAAGCUUCCCUGGUCUCGUUCGUCCAGUUCUCGCCGACGUGGAGAAUAUACCUCCUCUCCAUGAGCGGUGCGUCUGCCCUCAUCAUGGGUUUUCUGGUCUUGCUGCCUGAAUCACCACGGUGGCUGAUGGCUAGAGGACGGUUGGAUGAGGCGAAGGCAUUGAUGAUGAAGGCGGCUAAAUGCAAUAACCUGGAUCUUACGACCACAGAAGAAAACAUAAACAGCAUUCUUUCAAGAGAAUCCAAAGAAAUUAAAACCCCAACAUAUUGCGACCUGUUCAAAACGAAGAAGCUGUUCACUAGAACCCUGUGUUCUGCGCUGGUGUGGACGAUCGCUGGGAUGGGGUACUUCGGCAUCACGCAAUACUGCACGUUCUUAGGGACGAAUGUGUUUGUCUCGGUCGUCAUUAUGGGAUUGAUGCAGAUACCUGCUGCUUUCAUAGCAACCUGGCUGAACAAAGUUUACGGCAGAAAAGCAACUAUUAUAAGCAAUCUAUCCAUCACUGGCCUCACCAUGUUUCUACUCAUCUUCGCUUCUCCUGACCACUGGGCCGCUCUGACGUUAGGAAUCGUCGGUCUCUGGGCUGCGACCAUAACCUUCAACGUUCUUUAUGUAUACGUGUCUGAAUUAUUCCCAACUCCUUUAAGGAAUAUGGGUUACGGUGUGAGCUCAUCAGGGGCUAAGAUUGGAGCUAUGAUAGCUCCUUUUAUAGCAAAUCUCUGCCCUCAUUGGAUACCGUCGUUAAUAUUUUCUGUAGUGGCGUUUUUGGGGGCAGGCGUCUGUUGCGUUUUACCGGAAACUAAAGGAAGGGCGUUGGAAGAUGAAUUAGGGGAUUGACAAUUAAUUAAGA